GCAGCUUACACGUAAGAGCUUAUACUCAGCAGCUGCUGAGCAUUUCUGACUUUGUGAUCCAGAGGAAGACACAAUGAGCGGCAGAGGAAAGGGAGGUAAAGGACUCGGCAAAGGAGGCGCUAAGCGUCACCGUAAAGUCCUCCGUGAUAACAUCCAGGGAAUCACCAAGCCCGCUAUCCGCCGCCUGGCUCGCCGUGGAGGAGUCAAGCGCAUCUCCGGUCUGAUCUACGAGGAGACCCGCGGUGUGUUGAAGGUCUUCUUGGAGAACGUUAUCCGCGAUGCCGUCACCUACACCGAGCACGCCAAGAGGAAGACCGUCACCGCCAUGGAUGUGGUGUACGCUCUGAAGAGGCAGGGCCGCACCCUGUACGGCUUCGGAGGUUAAACUGCUCCGCUUCCAGCCACCAACCAAAGGCCCUUUUCAGGGCCACCCACCCACUCAUUAAGAAGCAACUUCUACCGUUAAACAGGCAUUCAAUCAUUCUGAUUAUGUCUUAUCAACAGCUUUAUUGCUUUAUUUAAUAUACAGUCUUUGAGCAGAGAAAACUUCUGGUCAACAAAUAAUCGCAGACACAAAUUCUCGUUUACUGUUUUUAGAGAGCGACUAAACGGCUUCAACCCUUUGUUAUACGUGCGGUCUUUAAAUAAAGAAGUUUGUGAAAGUAUAUAUUACAUAUAAUCAGUCUCUAUAAUGAAACUUAUUUCUAAACUGAACCCGUGUGUUGCUGUCGCGACACUAACCAUUUUAUUUGUCAUGGCCUCUAAAAGUAAUGCAAAAUCCAUUUAUGUAAUUAAUUUCUUGCAAGUUUCCUAGAAAAGUGUCUAUAAACAAUAUUUAGUAAUUUUAUCCCAUAUUUCUUUCAUUUUAUUAAAUCGGGAUUUUCAGGUAGAUGUUUUAAAAGCCUGUUUAUGCUCUUAAACAACUCUGCAGAUUCAUCAUUCUACAAAGAAUUAUUUUUUUAUGUUCUAUUGUUUCUGAUACAUUCCUGCUCACAUUCUGUUACCUGAUUGGUUCACUUUUAUGUUUUCUACUACCAAGAAAACUAUUUAUUGGACAUUUUCUCCCAGUUCUCUUUUUUUAAAGCUCCAUCUUUAUGAAAUAUUUUCAUCUGAACAGAUCAUUUAUUGAUGUCCUCACUUGAAAAUGAUUCCUCUCUAAUGUAGAUUCCUGUCUAACAUCCCAUGCACACUGAUGUAAUGUCGUCACAUGAAACUACAUUUAUAAUAACUCUUGUACACAAGA